AUGUGUGUCAAAGGUUUGUUAAGUUAUUUUUUCUUUGUGAGAGAGCUCAAGGUCGCUGAUUCUUCCAGCUUAUCCCGCCGAUUCCAUGCUCUUGGUGGAGACUCCGAACUCUGGAAGCGACAGUACUACUCGCAGUGGGUGCGACCUCGUGCCCUUCGUCUGGCUAAUAAAAGACGCACCAUAUUACCAGCUCGGGCAGAGUAUUCACCUAAAGUAUCAACCUGGCUCGAUCACAGCCAUCUAGCUGAAGAGGGAAGGGCGACCAAUUGGAAACGACAAUAUCGCCUACGACAUAACUGGUCCAACGGAUCCUGUCGAGUGACUGAAGUCGAAUUUAUUGAACCAGCAUGCCCUCCUGUGCUAGUCAAACUCUGUGCUGGUAUCGUCUUUACCGCUGAUGCUGCUCGUGGGCUUCGAGCGUGGGCCGCACAAGAUCCAACCAGCUGCUUAUGUGGCAUCUCAUUCUCAGACCCAGAGCCUUCUACGACUCGCCCAACCUCUUUGGCUGUGAGCCAGCUGCCAGAUGUGCAAGAUAUUGUAGUAGGAUUCGAGAAUGGCCGCUUCAGUCGUUACGAGUUUGAUGCUCGGACAGUUCGGUUGAGCUUAAGAUCCUCCCACGUUGGAUUCGGAGAUGGCGCCAUCACCGCCAUGGCUUUGUCAUCGCCUUAUCUUUUGAUGGUCUCCCAGCAUAAGAUGCUUUCUUUAUACAAAUUGCGCCCCCGUUCCACCGGUGGCAAAGAUCAAGAUGCUGUAGGACCGUGUGAAAUCGUGUCCCUCCAAGCGGAAAACAUGAUCGCCCCAAUGACUCUCUCGCUUCGCGUUUCGACAUUUGAGAUAGUGGCCACCGUUGUAUACAGCUUCUAUCACAUUGGGUGUGGGUGGUCGCUGGGGAUUCAAGAGCUGCGUUUCAACAAAGAUGGUCAACAGUUAGAGUCCCGGCUUACCAGCACAGUGGAUUCCCAGUAUGGCAUCCGUUCCCUUCCGAGUUCUUUACAAUCCAGUAAACGGCAGCAUUCUGCCACCGUUGAUCUGACCUCCCCUUCUGAGGUCCGUACCGAGCCAUCCAUCUUGCACCAGCAGCCGCCAACAUCCAUGUCUUAUUCCCAUCCAUACCUGCUGACGUCACACGCGGAUAAUACGUUGACCAUGUAUUUGCUUGUGUCGAAUUCUAACAGUCUUUUUGUUCGAGGUGGCCAGCGACUCUGGGGUCACACGUCCUCGGUCUCUGCAGUCCAGGUGACCAACCGAGGGAAGGCCGUCUCUGUGAGCUCGCAGGGUAAUGAGAUUCGAAUUUGGGAGCUUGAGACAACCGUUUCUUCCCUCGGCACUCAUAAUUCCUUGAAAGAAGAGAGCAGCAUUCAAGUCAAUCCUAACAAUCGAGGCCUAGAAAGCAAAGUGGGUGCUCAAGAGAUCGAUGAGUUGGAUCUUGUUUCUAGGACAAAUUGUGGCUGCAUACAUGAAUGUGUUGGCUUCGAUGAGGAAAAAGUUAUCUUGCUCCGGGAGAAGAAGGUCGGCACUCAGCUACUAGAAUGUUACGAUUUCACAUAA